GUGCCCCUGAACUGCGCAUGCUCAUAGACACGACGCCAUCUUGGAAUUUGAAUAUAUUGUGAAAGGGUCUGUAAAACAUUGGCGAAGGCUUGACGAGAAGAGCGAUAUAAGGCUGUUUCGAGACGCUCAGUGGUCCAUCUGGGCCCAAAUUUCGAUUUGACCACAAGUGAACAAUGAGCAGUUACCAGAUGAAUGCGUCUGGAGACCCUGCUAGGACCAUUGGUCCUAGCAGUGGUAACUACAUGGAUUUGUCCGAUAUGCCAAUGGAGAACAAGCAACAACAAACUAUGAUGUGGCAGCAGAACCAGUACAUGACAGAUUCUGGCAUCCACUCAGGUGCAACCACACAGGCCCCCUCAAUCAGCAGCAAGACUGGCCCCGGGGAAGAAAUAGAAGAUGAGAACAUGGAUCCAUCGAAGAUGAUGUUUGACUGGGGGCCGGGCAACUUCAGCGAUGGCUAUGGCCAGGAACAGGUGGAUGAUAUCAACCAGCAGUUGAAUCAAACCCGCUCCAGAGUGCGAGCAGCCAUGUUCCCUGAAACCCUGCCCGCAGGUGUCCAGAUCCCCUCCACACAGAUUCACCCCGACCAGCCCACCGCAGUUCAGAGGCUCAGUGAACCAUCACAGAUGCUGAAGCACGCUGUUGUCAAUCUCAUCAACUACCAGGAUGAUGCUGAUCUUGCAACAAGAGCCAUCCCUGAGCUGAUCAAACUGCUGAAUGAUGAGGACCAAGUUGUGGUGAGCCAAGCGGCGAUGAUGGUGCACCAGCUGUCAAAGAAAGAGGCAAGUCGACACGCCAUCAUGAAUUCCCCCCAAAUGGUUGCUGCUCUUGUGCGUGCCAUGAACAACACAGACGACCUGGAGACCACUCGAUGUGCUGCUGGGACCCUGCACAACUUGUCACAUCAUAGACAGGGUCUUCUGGCCAUAUUCAAAUCUGGAGGAAUACCAGCUCUUGUCAAACUCCUCAGCUCACCAGUGGAGUCUGUCCUGUUCUAUGCAAUCACCACACUGCACAACCUCCUACUCCAUCAAGAGGGGUCCAAGAUGGCCGUGCGUCUGGCUGGAGGAUUACAAAAGAUGGUUGCUCUCCUACAAAGAAACAACAAUGUCAAGUUCCUCGCCAUCACCACCGACUGUCUGCAGAUCCUUGCAUACGGAAACCAGGAAAGCAAACUCAUCAUCCUUGCUAGCGGAGGACCUGGAGAGCUUGUUCGCAUCAUGAAAUCCUACACAUAUGAAAAACUGUUGUGGACAACAUCGCGUGUUCUGAAGGUGCUAUCUGUCUGCUCAAGCAACAAGCCAGCCAUUGUUGAAGCCGGAGGAAUGGCGAGUCUAGCCAUGCACCUUGGUCAUCAGAGUCAGAGGCUGGUCCAGAACUGUCUGUGGACCCUCAGAAACUUGUCAGAUGCUGCUACAAGAAUUGAUGCAGUUGAAGGCCUCCUCCAGAUGUUGGUCCAACUCCUGACAUCCAACGACAUCAACGUAGUCACCUGUGCCGCAGGUAUUCUGUCCAACUUGACCUGCAACAACCAGAGGAACAAGGUGAUGGUGUGCCAGGUUGGCGGAAUCGAGGCCCUUGUACGAACCAUCAUGCAGGCCGGAGACCGAGAAGAAAUCACUGAACCAGCUGUGUGUGCUCUUCGCCACUUGACAGCCCGUCAUCCAGAGGCAGAAAUGGCCCAGAAUGCUGUUCGCCUCCACUAUGGCCUUCCCGUGCUAGUCAAGCUCCUUCACCCACCAAGUCGCUGGCCCCUCAUCAAGGCUGUUGUUGGUCUGAUCCGUAACCUCGCCCUGUGCCCUGCUAACCAUGCCCCUCUCCGUGAACACGGUGCUCUCCCACGCAUCGUACAGCUCCUCAUAAGAGCACACCAGGACACUCAAAGGAGAGCUUCCAUCAGUUCCAACAAUGGUGGUUCCAGCUACGUUGAUGGUGUUAGAAUGGAGGAGAUCGUAGAGGGAACAGUCGGGGCACUUCACAUUCUUGCCCGCGAAGCUCACAACAGAGCAGUCAUCAGAGGCCUAAAUUGUAUCCCACUUUUCGUUCAGCUGUUGUAUUCCCCGGUUGAGAACAUCCAGAGAGUGGCAGCCGGCGUGCUUUGUGAGCUGGCUGCAGACAAGGAAGGAGCCGAGAUGAUCGAACAAGAGGGCGCCACUGCUCCCCUCACCGAGCUGCUACAUUCACGCAAUGAGGGUGUUGCGACCUACGCCGCUGCUGUCCUGUUCCGCAUGUCCGAAGAUAAACCCCAGGAUUACAAGAAACGAUUGUCCAUGGAACUGACCAGCUCCCUGUACAGAGGAGACCAAAACAUCCCUUGGUCGGAGCCCCCAGGAUUUAACGUUGGGAUGAACCUUCCCCCGGAGGGAACCAGUGACACUUUGUAUGCCCCUCCCCACCAUGGAAGUCAAGGAAGCAUGUACAGUGGUAGCCAACAUGACAUGGACAGAGGACAAUCAGAUUAUGAAGGACAAGUCCCAAUAAACUCAAUGCAAGGCCUAGAAAUCGGCAGCCAUCACGGUAGUGGCUACGGUCACAUGGACAAUUUGCCCGAUCUGGGUCCUGGAUCAGGAGAUCUUAAUUUUGAAACUCUCGACUCGAGUCUCCCCCAACAGCCCCAGGGAGGGGAUAACCAAGGCAUGGCCUGGUUUGACACCGACCUUUGAACACAACAGUGGAAGAGACACUGAACCAGCAGUCGGAUUGACAGAUUUGAGAAGGAAGUGAAUCUGUACAUGCUAGUGCAACUGUUAGGAUCCUUGAAUACAUCCAGCUGUAUCAAAUACUGACAGUGGACUGACAGGGUUUUGGUGGAACAGCCUUCAAGCAUAUCAGUGACUACAUGACUGAAAAAAAAAAUCUAUUUAUGCUAUUUACAGAAGCAAGACUAAAUGUCUAAGGUGUUUUCUGUUGGCUAUGUAUAUGAUUCUCAAUGUAAACCUUGUACUUUGUCAGUUUUUGAAAUGUUAAUCCGAAUUUUAUAAUGGCAGGACCAGUAAUGUAUAUAGUUUCAUUAUUUCAUUCCUUUCAGAACACGUUUUGGAGAGGUAGUUCUUAUUUCAACACAUUAACACUACAUUGGCACUGUCAUUUCUCAGAUGUCUUUCUUCAGCUGUAAAUGAAGGAGUACAAAAAAUGCCUUGUGACGCUUCCGUUUUACAUGCGUUUUUCUGAUUAUCAAUCAAAAUUUUAUUUUGUUGAACGAGUUUAUUUUAACUACAAAUAUAUAUAUUUAUGACCAGAAAUGUAGUAGAAUGUUAUUUUAGUCAGAAGUAUCUGGUGAAUAACUGCUUCUUUGGCGUGAGCAAAAUUUCUUCGAUCAUUACUAAGGGUUGUGAAAUUUUUAACAUUUUUUUUUUACAUAAACCACUCAUCUAUCAUGCAUUCACACUUUCCCCCAUCUUUUAUCUAUAUAUUAUCUAUGAACAUGUUUUACAUGAUGACUAUUUGUGAAGAAUUUUUUUUUUCAAAGUAUAUAGUAUUUGCAUUUUAAUAGAGGCAAUUUUGAUAGAUUUUCAUUUUUUGACGUUGAUUAGUAUACCAUCAACCUAGUGAUUCAUUCAUGCCACUUUUUGUAACGCUCUUAGCCAAAUGUAGUUGUAGCUGACUGUUUUAGUACCUCUGUGCAUGACGACAAUAAAAAAGAUGGUGUUUUAUA